ACCAUAACUAAUAAUAAAAUUAAUAAUAAAUUAAUAAUAAAAUAAGUAAUAGUGAUAAAAUAAAUAAUAAUAAAAAAUAAAUGAGAAUAAAAAAUAAAAAUCUUCAAUUUUGUGCCUAUGUGCGUGUGUGUCAAUCAAAUUUUUGAAUCUGAUGUGUACAAAUCAAUAUGUGCAUGUAUAAAAUAAGAGAGAACUUUAACCGCGCGACACUCGUGUUUGUUUUCUCUUCUUUAACUUCUAUUUCGCGAUUGCACCUGUCAACAAAAAAUAAUUGUUAACAAAAGAAGAGGAAAAAUACAAAACAACCGCUGCCAGUUUUUUAAACGUCAUGUCUGUAAAUGACGUACAAAUCUCGUAUGAACAAAACAAAAAUAAGAUAAAUAAUAAUAUUGAAAAUUACACGAAUUAAUAGGGGGAAAAAAAUGAUGACUUGACAAAAGUUAAAAACAAAUUGUGCGAAAAAAAAAUUUUUCCAUGAAAAUUACAAUAAAUUUUAAAAAGCUGGGAAAGUGAGAGAAAAAAAUGAUUUUUUCUUCAAGAGAUUGAUAUUAUGAAGUUAUGAAAUUUAGGAGAAAAAAUUUCUUUAUUUUGAUAAUAUGUGAUUGUUUAUUCCUAACUGGACAUUAUCAGGAAGAUCAAAUUCCCUCGACUGAGGAUCCAAUUUUUAUGAAAAUGACUUCUCAGGAAGCAAUUGUCGUUAGAAAUGCACGGAAAUAUUAUGGAAAAGCAAAUCUUGUCCUUAAUGGAUUAAAUAUGACAGUUUCUCGUGGAACUAUCUACAGUCUAUUGGGAGCGAGUGGAUGUGGAAAAACCACUCUUCUGUCAUGUGUGGUUGGCGUGAGAAGAUUGGACAGUGGCACAAUAUGGUGCUUAGGUGGAAAACCAGGAUCAAAAGGAUCAGGAGUUCCAGGACCUCGAUUAGGUUACAUGCCUCAGGAAAUCUCUUUGGUUCAAGAAUUCACUGUUCUUAAUGCCCUUUACUAUUUUGGUCGAAUUAAUGGAGUCAAUGAAGAUAUGAUUGAAAAAAGGUACUUGGAACUUGCGACACUAUUUGAUCUUCCACCAAAAAACAGAAUGGUCAAGCACAUGAGUGGCGGGCAACAAAGAAGAGUAUCCUUUGCAGCUGCUCUCAUUCACAAUCCGGAAUUAUUAAUUUUAGAUGAACCAACUGUGGGACUGGAUCCCAUUCUACGGGAGAAUAUUUGGAGUUUUCUGGUAAAAUUAUCCGUGGAAGAAGGCACGGCAAUUGUUAUUACGACUCAUUAUAUCGAGGAAGCCAAACAGGCGAAUAAAAUUGGCUUAUUGCGAUGCGGUCAAUUAUUAGCCGAAGCUCCGCCUGGACACCUUUUAAGGAAAUUUCAAUGUCAAACAUUGGAAGAAGCUUUUCUCGCAUUAAGUCAACGUCAAAAGGAUAAACAAGAUCGAGGAAUAAUGGAAAUUGAAACUGAAUAUUAUUCUGAAUUGGAUGAAGUCGUUUCACCAGCAGCGCCACGAAAAAUUGGCAAAAAAAAUAGUAUUUAUCCAAUGAACGAAAAUCGUCUAAUUAGUCAAAAAAGUUGGAGGGAAUCGUCCUUUAGGAGAUUUAAAGCACUGAUAAUAAAAAAUACUCUACAGUUCCUGCGUCAUCCAGGAGGAAUCCUGUUUGCGCUAUUGUUUCCAAUAGCUGAGGUAAUGUGUUUUUUUCUAUCAAUCGGCGGCGAUCCAAAAGGAUUAAAAUUAGCUGUGGUUAAUGACGAAGCGGGAAAUUGUAAUUUUGGUAAUAAUACAGGACACAUUUCGUACGAUCCAGUUAAUUUGACUUGUUAUUAUAAGGAUUUGAGUUGCACUUAUUUGAACGGAUUUGAUGAUUCGAUUGCUGGCAAGGUAUAUUAUUCAACAAUUGAUGAGGCAAACAGAGCUGUUUUAAAAUCGUCAGCAAAAGUUGUUGGUGUAGUGCAUUUUGCAAAAAAUUUUUCUCGAGCAUUCGAAGAAAAACGCGAUAGUACUAAUUAUUUGGAUGAAGGAACAAUCGCGGCUAGUGAAAUACCAAUAUUUUUGGACAUGGGUGACAGACAAAUUGGUAUGUUUAUGCAAACAAGAUUGUAUAAUCGAUAUUUUGAGAUUACACGGAAAGUCUAUAGGGAAUGUGGGAUUCCUGAGCAAUUCGCAAAUAUGCCUGUAAAAUUUGAAACUCCAAUAUUUGGAAAAAUGGAUCAAUCGUACAGAUCGUUUGUAGCCCCAGUGUUUAUAUUAACACUUGUCUUUUUCCUAGCAACUGCUGUAGCUUGUUUUAUUAUCAUUACUGAUCGACACGAAGGAGUUUGGGAUAGAAGUCUCGUUCAAGGUGUUAAAACAACGGAAAUUUUAAUGGCUCAUUUGCUGACACAAUUCACAGUGAUUCUUGUUCAGAGUGCAAUAUGUUUGAGCUUGAGCUUUUUAGUAUUCAAUUUGGUUUGUGAAGGACCAUUAUUAACAGCCAUUUGUUUAGUAAUAUUAAUGGGCCUUUGCGGAAUGUGUUACGGAUUUCUGAUAUCUGUUUAUAGUAAAUCUCACACUUUAGCGAAUUUUAUAGCGACGGGAAGUUUUUAUCCUGUUAUAUUACUUUGUGGGUGCAUAUGGCCGUUAGAGGGAAUGCCAAAAUUCCUUCACUGGUUCAGUUUAAUAUUACCAAUAACUGUUCCCGGUCUUUCCUUGAGAGGAAUAUUUGAUCAAGGAUAUUCAGUAAACGAACCAAUAGUCUACGAUGGAUUUUUAAUAGUUUCCGGUUGGACUGCAUUUUUCAUUGCUCUUUGCUUAAUUGGUCUUAGGGUAAAAGAAGUAACGUAAUAAUUUUACUAAAUUAAAAAAGAAAAAUUUUGUACAAAUUUUGUUUUCCUCUUGCAGAGAAACAAUCAUAUUUUGUCUCUCUUGAAAUCAUUUUCUCUUUUUUUAAUAUAUAUUCACAUCAGUAACGUAUUAAAAACUGAAGAAAAAAAAAAUGUUUUAUUAAACAGGGUUUUAUAUUUUAAGCACUUGAAUUAAGUAUUCUUUUUAUAUUGAAAGCAUAAUUUCUCUUCAUAUUACUGAUUUUCUAUUUUUAAUUUAGUAACUAUAUAUAAUUUCGUUAAAAUUUGUUGUUUUAUGUAUACUGUUUUGAUGAAUAUUAAUUUAUUUACUGUACGCGUUAAUUAAUGAAUUUACUCGUGUCUGCUACUGGUUUUUUUUUCUUCAUUCUCAUAUCACAUCACUGUUUACUUAAAAGUAUCAAAUUGCAACGAAUUGAUACCAAAAAUUAAAAUGUGGAUCAAACUCGAAUUUUUUAUACACAGAGAGAGAAUGUAUAUUAAAUUUCGUAACAAUAUUUUACAAUUUAAAACUUGAAAUUUUGAUGUAAAAAAUACUACACUUUAAAAAAAUUUAUGUAGAAUUUAAAAUAAUUUUAUCAAAUCUCAAGAAU